UUAUGUUAUAAAUUGCUCACUCAAAGGUGUUUUGUUUCUUUGUUGCGGCUGUUUUAGACUUUAUUCUACAUUAACUUGCAGCCAUGACUUCUGAAUCCAUAGUUCACAGUCAUGAAGCAGAUGAAAAACACGUUGAUGCCAUGAACUGGGAUGAACUGGAAUUUGGGGUAAUUCCAACCGAUUACAUGUACAUUAGGAUAUGUUCCGAUGGAGAGAAUUUUUCACAAGGCCAUCUCGCUCCCUAUAGAAAGAUUGAGCUCAGCCCAUUUGCUGGAAUCUUGAAUUAUGGACAGGGAAUAUUAGAAGGUCUCAAGGCAAUCAGGACGAAAGAUGGUCGCAUUCAGCUCUUUCGUCCGGAAGAGAACGCUCUAAGAAUGAAGAUGGGUGCAGAGAGAUUGUGCGUGCCAUGUCUAUCUACUGAGCAAUUUCUUGCUGCUUUAAAACAAGCAGUCCUUGCCAACAAGCGUUGCGUGCCUCCACCAGGUAAAGGAUCAUUAUACAUUAGGCCUCUGCUUAUGGGAAGUGGAGCUGUUCUGGGUAUUGGACCAGCCCCUGAAUGCACAUUCCUCAUAUUCACCUCUCCCAUCGGAAAUUGGUACAAGUGUGGCCCUAGCAUGAAUUUGUACGUUGAGAAUGAGGUUCCUAGGGCUACUCCUGGUGGAACCGGAGCCAUUAAAAGCAUCACCAAUUAUUCACCGGUUUUUGAAGCAGUAAACAAGGCUAAGGCAAAAGGGUUCACCGAUGUCUUAUUUCUGGAUGCAGCCACUGGAAAAAAUGUUGAGGAAGUUUCUUCAUGCAAUGUUUUCAUUGUGAAGGAUAAUGUGAUUUUAACACCACCAACCAAUGGAACUAUUCUUCCAGGGGUCACAAGAAAAAGCAUCAUAGAAAUUGCUCUUCAUCUGAAGUACAAGGUGGAGGAACGUGAUGUUCCACUAAUGGAUGUGCUAACAGCUGAUGAAGUGUUCUGCACAGGGACUGCAGUGGGUGUCACUGCUGUUGCUAGUGUAACACUUCAUGAUAAAAGGGUUGAAUACCGAACUGGAGAAAAAUCAAUCUCUCAAAAGUUGCGAGUAAUGCUUACAGAGAUUCAAACAGGCGUGGUCGAGGACAAGAUGGGAUGGACCAUGCAAAUUCGUUGA